CAGUGCAAGGGCCAGUGAGCUGGUAGGGCCGGACCGGCCAUUGCCCGGAGCCUGCAGGGGGUCCCGCCCCCUGUGAUCAGUACAGCCCGCCCGGAGCAGCAGAGAGCUCCCGGCUUGUGCCCAGCAACGUGCUCUGAGGCUCCGGGAAAUGGUCUCUUGGGGCUGAUUCUGCAAUAGUUACUCCGGUUAUGAGCACUUACGUUCCUGACUAGGACUCCUCACGUAAGUGCUCACCCAGGUAAUGGUUGCCCAGUCUAGCUCCAGGGUUCUCAGACUAAGAACUGCAGUUAGGCGCAGCAAGUUAUUAAUGACUAUUAUUUAAUAUUUUUAAUAUGGCUACACCCAGCAGCUCCAAUCAGGAUCAGGGCCCCACUGCUCUGGGGCUAGACAAAGAGCCUCCACGAACAUGUGAGGAUUAUUGGUCUGAAUGGAAACACUGUAAGGGCAUCCGUAAUUUAUUCCAUAAUUAUUAUACGUAUGGGGAAGCUCCCUCCUGUGAACAGUGGAAAAUAGACUAUGGCAAUUGCAGAAAGUGGGAAAAAAGCAAAAGUCCAGAUGCUAAGGAAUCCCUAUGCAAGAGUGAAAGAGUCCGGAUUCUGGAAAAACAGAAGUAUGAUCCAGUGUGGCAGCUGAGGAAGAGCCCACCAAGGGACUGGUACCUUCCUCUUGGUCAAGAUAAACCAAAGUAAUAAGACUACCUACCAUAUUUUGGCCCUCAUAUACCAGAAGAUGUGAGGCCAAUGCUAUUUUUCUGCCAUGUGACGGUGAAACAAGACUGUAGCCUCUAAAGGAGAAAAACUUCUCAGCUUAUACUUCUGCUCACAGCAGUCCCUCACCUCAUUAAUGCCUAUUUUGGAGUACAUUUAAUGGUGUUUAAGAAAUGUCUUACUGAGAUGUAAAUAUUUUAAAAGGAUAGUUCAGGUGCGCAGUUUAAUUCUUGUCUACUACAGUCCUCUGCCUUUCCCAUUCAUCCAGACAAGGACAAUGCCUGCUGCUUUGAAGCAGCACACAUUCACGGAGCCUGGCUGAUCUUGCUAUUAGAGCCCACCCCUCACUUGCUUCACAUGGGCUAAGCAUGCUGCCAUUUAUGGCAUGCCCAAGACCAGACUAGCCAGAUGAGGAAUUAAAAAACCAAGCUAGCCCUCUCCAUUGGCAAUAGAGAUUAGAGUCAUCAGGACAGCCCACGCAGCUGGUAUUUGAAAGUUUGUACAGAUGCACUACUGUCAUCCUUAACAGAGUGCUAUGGGGCAGCAGACAGAAAAUAAAGUUGACCUAUACCAGCUGUUUGCCCCUGCAAAGUUAUUCUCAGGCUGUUUUUGUUCUUAAAUAUGUUUGUGAAAGCAUUAAAAGUUAUCACAAAAAUAAAGACUGCAGUGAC